UGACCUUUUAGACUUCAAAUAUAUUAUUACAUCAUUUCUUCAUACCAGAAUCAGUACUUGAACACAAAAGGAACCAAAUCAUAGCUUUUUUCAACAAAAUGCACUUAGAUAAACAGAUAUUCAGUCAUUAUGUCUGAAACAACUGUUACGGCCCAAGGCCUUUUCCUUUGGGUCUCUAACAUCCAUGUUUUGGACUCUUAAUUGGUGCUGAUUGGAAGUGGAGGCAGCUGGCCAGAGUCUCCAGAUGACAUCAGAUCCACCUUAAGAUGCACCACUUUCUCUGACUAAGCAGCUCAUUCUUCCUCUCCCCCAACCAGUUAUGAUUUUUGUUAAAUUCCCUUUUAAGUUAUCUCUUGUGUUGCUUCCCUUUCAUUUGUUAUGGUUUAAGAGCCAGACCAUAACAAAUUGGGGGCUCGUUCAAAUUUAUGCUGGGUUUGUUGAGUUAGUUAAUUAGUAAACAUUGUUAAUUUAACUGGGAAGCUAGUGUGGGAAUCUUGAGUUUAGUUUUGGGGAAAUGUUUUUAGUUUCUUUUUUCUCUGGUUUGGGGUAAGUUGAUUGCUUUCGUCUCAUCUGAUGAGCUCACUGGUAAGUCUUGAUCGUUUGAUUUGUGCAAUUCAUUACGUCUGAUCUGAACUGAUUCCCCUGUAGGCCUCAGCGUGUCUCCCCUUUGGGUUUAAUGUGCUCAGACACAGUAGUGUGAGAUCAUAUGGUUGGAGCAGUCGUCUCGGGGGCACAGCCAUAGUGUUGGGGGGGUUGCCGAUUUUCCGGUCGCCUUUUCCACUCUAUUGGUAUUAAGUGCGUAAAUACCCACCGUCUCUGAAGACUAGGGUUGAGCUAGUUAGUUUCUGAUGGGCAGUUAGAGGGGAGGUUCGGGUUGGUUGUUUUGUGUUGCACAGAUUGUCAGCAAUUAAACUUUUGAAACACUGUUUUGUGAUUAAGACUUUAGUCAUGCCUGUGGAAGACUUUAAUAAAUCCCCAUCAGCAGAAGUUUUGGAGCAAUGUUGUAGAGAACAAUUGGUAAAAAUUGCUGAACACUAUAAAAUAAGUGUUGGUGACAAAAGGUUGAAAGACAAUGUCAAAGCAAUUUUAAGGGAGAACUUAAUUGAGAUGGGUGUUUUGUCUUCACCUUCCAGACCUGAAGAUUUGGUUGCUCAGGUGGUAAAGCCUGACUUUUUGGAUUUUGAACAACAAAAAGAGAUGUUAAGGUUGAGAAUGCAACUGGAAAAGGAAAAGGAGUUGGCUUUAGAGAGGUUACGACAGCAGGCAGAUUUGGAUAAGGCUCUUGCUUUGGAAAAGAUGAGACAGGAAACUGAAUUGGCAAGAAUAAAUUUGGAAAGUGAAAAAUUAAAUCUGGUGAAAGAUGGCAAAUUGUCUGUGGAAUCUUGUGUUGGGGACUCAAAAUGCAAACCCUCUGAUAUUUUAAAUGACUUGCGUUUGGUGCCCAAGUUCAGUGAAAAGGAUAUUGACACUUUUUUCACUUUGUUUGAAAGGGUUGCAGACACAAGAGAUUGGUCUGAUUCAGACCGCAUAAUUUUGCUUCAGUGUGUUUUGGUUGGUCGUGCUCAGGAAGCUUUCUCUAUGUUAAGCUUGAAUGAUGGCCAAGAUUAUGCUAAGGUUUCAGCGCUUGAUGAAUAAAGUUGUUGGGUGUUUAGAAGGCUGUUCCUUGUAUUUGGAUGACGUUGUCUAUUCUGACAGUUGGUCAUCUCACAUGGAACGACUCACCGCUUUGUUUGGCCGUUUGCGGGAUGCGUAUUUGACAGUGAAUCUGGCCAAAUGUAACUUUGCUCGAGCAACUGUUAUCUUGGUCAUCGAGUGGGUCAAGGUAAGGUAUGUCCAGUUAGUGCAAAGGUAGAAAGAAGCGAUUGAAAAGUAUCCACCACCGACGACUAAAAAGGAACUCAUGAAGUUUUUGGGUUUAGUGGGAUACUACAGAGCUUUCUGCCGAAACUUUUCAACUGUGGUUGCAUGCGUUUUCCCACGUGUCUGAAUUCGUAAUGACAGAUUGGGCAUUCUGUGGAUGUUCUCGGUGGCAACAUUGAUCCAAUUCUUUUUCAUGAAUCUGUCAAUGACAAAUAAAAUAAAUUUUUAAUUAUCAGACAUACCGUAAGUAUUUGUUAAGCAUAACAGUUGUGUCACAUCCGGCCGUGUUGUGACUUUUAAAGCAGGUUUCUGAUCAUUUUUAAUGUUCUGACUCCAGGAUGAUGUCUGAACAUUUCUCCAGAGUCGGACAGCUUUGGAGAAAUGCUCAACUCUCUGAGGUUUGCCAGCAAGUUCACCUUCACUGCGAGUUUUGUUGAAAUCUACAACGAGACCCUGCGGGACCUGUUAUACUCCGGCAAGGCCAGCAAGAGGCCCGAACACGAGAUCCGAAAGACGGCCAGCAACGACGUGACGGUCACCAACCUGACCUACCAGAAGGUCUCCACCGAGGACGAGGUUCUUGGUUUGAUCGCUUUGGCCAAAGAGAACCGCUCCACGGCCCAGACGGCCCUGAACGAUCGCUCCUCCCGCUCACACUCGGUGUUCCAGCUGCAGAUCGAGGGAGUGAACGCCGGCAGGGACAUCAAAUGCAAGUCCACUCUUUGCCUGGUGGACCUGGCCGGCAGCGAGCGAAUGGUGAAGAGUCAGUCUCAGGGAGAGCGCUUCAAGGAGAUGACGUCCAUCAACAGCUCCCUGUCCAACCUGGGCAUCGUCAUCACUUCUCUGGCCAACAAGGAGAGCCACGUCCCAUACAGGAACUCCAAGCUGACCUACCUGCUGCAGAACUGCCUCGGAGGAAACAGCAAAACGUUGAUGUUCGUGAACAUUUCUCCAGAGUUGAACAGCUUUGGAGAAACACUCAACUCUCUGAGGUUUGCCAGCAAGGUGAACGAUUGCGUCAUCGGGACAGCGAGUUCCAACAAGAAAUAGAUCGACGUUUUUACAUGGUCACAUUUUAUUCUACUUUAGUAGAAAAUCUGUAAGAUGUUUGUACUUGGUUUGUCAUCAACUCUGUUUGGAUUUUGCUCAGUUUGCUUUGAACUGGAGCCAUUUUUUGACAAAGAAUUUUUAAAUAAUAUACAAUGCAACAAUAAAGUUUUUUUUUCUUUCAAGAAUAAACUGACUUUAAUGGAUUCCAAAACAAAUAAAUUGAGGAUUUGUCAGAUUUAAAAAUAUUUCGCAACAUAAAAUAAACUCAAUGGUACAGAUAAAUAGCUGUAAUAUUUGAUUAACAGGUGCAAAAUAGAAAAGGGUGGGUGAAUAAACAGCGCGGC